CAAACAAGCCUGGGCAGUCCCAACCCUAACCAUAAUAAUUACUGUACGGUCAUACAUACGUCUCACACACAGCACCUACGAUGGACAAGGAUGAUCUGGAGACAUACCAAGUACAACUCUCGCAGGUCGAGCUCGCGCUACAGACGGAUCCGGACAAUGAACAGCUGUCGUCGCUGCAGUCGGAGCUGAAAGAGCUCAUCUCGCUCGCACAAGAGGCGAUCGCGCAGUCUGAGGCUGCUGCGUCGUCUUCUCGCAAUGGCACUUCGCGCAAACCUUCUUCCGCUCUGCCCAUGUUUACGUGGAAAGCGGGAGAGGAAUGCCUUGCCAAGUACUCUGGGGACGGGAGUUGGUAUCCUGCGCGCAUUAUCAGUGUGGGUGGAUCGACGGAGAAUCCGGUUUACAGCAUCGUCUUUCGGGGGUAUAACACUACUGAGCUUGUCAAGGGCACGGAGAUUAAGUCGCUGCCUGCCAAUUACCAGGAGAAGGUUCCAGCUACGUCGAAUAAGCGGAAGCUGACAAACGUGGAGGAAGAGGAGAGGGAGAGGAAGAAGAAGAAGAACGAGAAGAAGUUGGAGGCGAAAGCAGCUAAAGCCAAGGAACAAAUGGCGAAGCAGGCUCAAUGGCAAAAGUUUGCGAAGAAGGCAGAGAAGAAAGGGGUGCAGAUAGCUGGCAUGUCGGGUACGAGUAUAUUCAAGACGCCCGAUAAUCCGCUGGGACGAGUGGGUGUGACGGGGAGUGGCAAGGGGAUGACAGAGGUGAAGCUGAUGGGCAAGCACAAAUUUGCACCCGUCGACGAGACGGAUCGAUAGGAGAGAGGAGGGACACGGUCGACGGUGUAUGAUACACGUGACGCUUUCUUUUUUCCACUAUAAUAUUUGUUGCAACCGCCUCACCGACGCAUUUUGUCAGCUGGAAAGAAAAUGUAAAUAUAAAGUGAGCUGCGCCGACGGGACAUGUGCUCCUCGGGGUGCGAGGGGAUCAACAAGGUC